AUGCCCAAUUGGCCAGGCCGUGAGGGCAAAGAUGGCGACAACGGACGAAUAGGGUCUCCUGGACCUCCCGGACCAGCAGGGGAAAUCGGCGAAACCGGCGUCGCAGGACCUCGGGGGGAGCCGGGCAUCGUUGGCCUUCCCGGCAUGAAGGGAGAACCAGGAUUUCCAGGACUUUCAGGCCGUGUAUCCCCUGCGGUAUGUUAA